GAACAUCGCUCAGAAGAUCUGCAAUUAGUUUAGCAAUUAGGAAGGGCUAUUCAGUGUCGUAGGUACUUUAGACCAUCAACUGCUGGUUUAGGUACAGAUAUAUACAGAUAUUAGUGAGGAAAUGAAUAAAUUAAUAUAGCUAUAUAGCAAACCAUUGCCAAAGUAACCUUGAUGUAGGCCUUUGUAGCUAGCUACAGAUAUAAAGAUAUUGAUAUUGAGGCUAAAAGAUGAGCAAAGCUUCCCUGCUGUUGCUAGUUUUAAGUGUUACACUAGUCCUAUCAGCAGCAAGCCUGGCUCCAAAGUAUCAGUUCAUAGAGGAAUGGCAGCUGUGGAAGACAAAGCACACUAAGUAUUAUGACUCGGACAGAGAAGAGCUGGAGAGACAUCUAGUGUGGCUAUCAAACAGAGAGUACAUACAACAGCAUAACGUCAAUUACAGAGCUGGAGUCCUAGGAUUUAAACUCGCACUAAACAAGUUUGCUGAUAUGACAAACUCUGAGUACGCUGCCCAGUACCUGACCUAUAAGUCGUGGGACAAAAGCAGUAAACACAAUGCAAAGGUAGAGAUCUAUGUGCCGCCUACUUUCAGCUCCUGGCCAGAGUUUGUUGACUGGAGACAGAAGGGGGCUAUCUCGGACGUCAAAAAUCAGGAAGACUGUGGAGCUAGCUAUGCAUUUGCAUCAAUUGGUGCCCUAGAAGGUUUCUAUUCUCUGGCGUACGGGAAAAGUGCUGGACUGAGUGAGCAGAACAUCAUCGACUGCUCACUGCCUGAAGGAAACAACGCAUGCUAUGGCGGAAACAUGUACAAUACAUUCAUGUAUAUUGUUUUCAAUGACGGGGUCAACACUGAAGAGUACUACCCUUACAAGGGAGUGCAGCAAAUGCCCUGUAACUUCAGUUACGAAGAAAUAGGAGCAACAAUGUCCGGGAUAGUCAUAAUACGAGCAGGCAGUGAGACUGACCUACAAGCAGCUGUGGCAUUCGCUGGUCCCGUGACAGUUGCCGUGGAUGCAAGCUCCACAGAAUUUAGGUUCUACUCGAGUGGUGUGUUUGACAAUUACCGGUGCUCCAACUACGACAUCAACCACGCCAUGCUAGUGAUAGGAUAUGGCAGAUCAUCGGAUGGAAGAGAAUACUGGAGGGUUAAAAAUAGCUGGGGCACAGCUUGGGGUGAAGAUGGCUACAUCAUGAUGUCCAGGAAUCGCUACAACCAGUGUGGUAUAGCAACAGACGCCUCCUACCCCUCCCUCUGACCAGGGGGCAGGAUCCUCACCAUAUAUAUAAUUAUAUGGACAUUUUAGGAUCACUUUAGACAAUGUAUAAGCGUAAGACUUGUAUUGUGAUGCCUACACACUAAACAAUAUUGUAAGACGUUAUGUUUUGAAAUA